AUGUCGAUGUUCCGAUCAGCAGCAGAAAUAUCAUCAUCGGACUCUGAUUCUGAUUCCGAUUCCGGCUUGGAAGAGAACCAGGCUCAGGAUUCCGGGUCAUCAACUCCUCGUCGUGUUACCAAGAAUCAAUCUCGCAGCUCGAGUAAGGGCAAGGCCAAACAAGCCCCGAAAGACGUGGAUUCGACUGACCCAGACUCUUCAAUAUCCUUCGAUGAUGCAUCAACAUUCCCACAAGACAUGGUCGAUGUAAAUGUCGAUCAUCAUUCAAAUGUGAUGACAGCCGCCCUAUUAGAAUUUUAUUGCCAAAGUCGAGCAGCAGACAUUCUCAACGCCCAACGGGGCUCAAAUAAAGCAUUCAGUCGGCAUAGCCCUGAGGCCCAUUUCCUUGGCAAAAAACUGUACAAAUACAAAUCUCAGUUCCUGUCGGCUCAUGGUAUCUUGGCCGACGGUAUUGACAGGGAGGAAAUGGCGCCAAGUAGACAAAGUUACCGCGACAACCUUGAUUUGCUUGGUAUCUCUGCCCUUGGGGAAAUGAACUUUCAUGGCCCUCAUUCACGGUCGUCCAAAAUUGGUGCUGGUGAAGACCUCGCCGUGAUUAUAAAAUCAUUGGCAAAGAGAGCCAGCGUGGAAGACUUGGACAGACCAACAUUAUUCCGACGAAUUACCGACCCGACUGCGUCGUUUCUGAAACAACUUCCUCCCACUCGCAAGGUUGACAUUGUUCCAAAUCUUCCUCAUCAGCCCAUGAAUGUUCCCAACCCUUCCAUCCCCCUCUUUGGAAGUUCGCCUGUAGGGAUUCCGUUAUUCAAUUCUCCUACUACCCCAUCGUACAAUCAACUAUCAAGGUAUUCCGUCGAAUUCCAAGAGCUCAAAGUCCUGGGCCGUGGGUCCUUUGGUGAGGUUUAUCACGUCACAAAUCAUAUUGACGGACAAGACUAUGCUGUCAAAAAGAUUCCUCUCAGUCAACGGCGACUUGAACAGCUACAGUUUGGAGGCCAAAAUCAGCUUGAGGUUAUCAUGAAAGAGAUCCGAACACUUGCCCGCCUUGAGCAUACAAAUAUUGUUCGAUACUACGGCGCAUGGGUUGAGCAGCCCCAUCAUUCACAUCCACCCGCGGCCGAAUACCACACUCACACUGCGUAUGAUGAUGAGUCGCAAGACAACUUACCUUCUCCAGAUGCCACGAACGAGUCAAGCGUGGGCAUUGUUUUUGGUCAUUCUGAAAGCUCAGAUCCUGAGUCACAGCCGAGCUCGCUGCUUGAAGAUCAUAGCUUCGCCGAAAGCAUUCGACGCUGGGACAGUCGUGGAACCAGUUCAUCUCGCCAGUCAAAUAAAGCCUCACGAAGGGGAUUCGAUGAGGAGGAUGAUGACAUUGAGCCUAUUCCCCGUAAAUUUGACGGAGAUACGUCCGCUGGUCAAACCUCCUCAUUCGGAGAGACUGAUGACAUCUUCUCCGACGGUCUGAGCCAGGAUCAGUCUAAACUUCAACUUCAACCCCGUUAUCGGCCUGGCCAGAAACCACCCGCGGUGAUUCUUCACAUCCAAAUGUCGCUCCAUCCCAUUUCCCUCGGUUCAUAUCUUAAGCCCGAAACUGCUCCAAAGUAUGACGGAUGCUCUAUCGCCAGACGCCAUUGUUUCCACCUGCUGCCUUCGCUGGAGUUUGUGAUAGAUAUCGUCUCGGGUGUUCAGUACCUCCACUCGAAGGGCAUUGUGCACCGUGACUUGAAACCCGCAAACAUUUUCCUGUGUGCACCAGAGAACAGCACGACAGACACAUGCGCCACGUGCAACUCAGGUCAAUCAUCUCCAGUUCAAUUCUGUCGCCCUCGCAUUGGGGACUUUGGUCUCGUGGCGGACAUCUCCCAUAUUGACGAGGCCUCGCAGGGCACCGUGACACCAUAUCGUGAGGGGCCGAAAAUUCAGCGGGUAGUAGGAACCGAGUUUUACCGUCCUCCAGCCAAUGGUUCUACAUCUCAGGGUGAUCCAAACUCGCCAUGUGACGAAUACAAGAUCGACGAAAAGCUCGAUGUUUACGCCCUCGGUGUCAUUCUCUUCGAGACGCUGUAUCGCUUGAACACAAAAAUGGAAAGACAGUUUGUCUUGAAUGACUUGACUCGCGGGUCAGGCCAAGAUCGCUCCGAGCGCACUAUCUUCCCUGCAGAUUUCGCCGCCAAGAUUGACCAUGGCUCAGUCAUGCUAGAUGAUGGAAUCUCGGUAGCGGAGUCUCUCAUGACAUGCAUGAAAGGCAUGCUGAACCCCAGUUCAAAGCAGCGGUGGAGCUGUCAGGAUGUCAAGGAGCAUUUGCAGGCGCUGAAAAAAGCUGUUCAAAGAUUUGAGCAAACGCAGGAAUAA